GAAGCCCGCCAUGUUCAGCAGGUUGAAAAGGUUGAUGGGGGCUCCGGAGCCUCCCCCUGCCCAGGCUGCUACCCCUCCUUCUACUCCAGCUCCACCAGCUGAGGAAGAAAAGCCUCCUGAAAAGAAGGAUGAAAAAGAGCAGCCAAAGAAAGAGGAGGCGAAAAAAGAAGAAGAAAAGAAAGAAGAAGCAGAGAAAGAGGAAGAAGCUAAGAAGGAGGAGGCCGAGCCAGGUCCGUUUGCUCCUGCUGCUCCUGCUCCUGCUGCUCCUGCUCCUGCUGAUCCUGCCGAUCCGGAGGGGGCUGAGGGCCAGCAAGCCCCUCCCCCACCUGUUGUCUACUCCCGCUACGCAGAUGACACGCUCAGAGAUUUGGUCAAGAGGCUAAGAGAGCGGACUGAGAUGCUCAAGGAGAGAGUCAUAGAUCCCUAUGCCACUUCUCCGGAAAUCACGCCACCUGUCACACCUAUUCUGAAGAAGGAGGACUACAUCAGAUUGAAGGAGGAGGAGCGGCGGGCCAAAGAAGAAGCGGAUAAAAAGAAGGCGGAAGAAGCAGCUAAAAAGGCAGAGGAGAAGAAGAAGAAGGAUGAGGAGAAGAGGCUGGAGGCUGAGAAGAAGGCAGAGGAGGAGAGGCUGGCGGAGGAGGCCAGGAAGAAAGCCAAGCUGCUCCCAGACAUCAGCUGCUCCUGCCUCGACCGCCUCCUCCAUCCAGUCGAGGACAUGAUGGAUUCGAUCCUGGGAAAGACCAUAGAUCCGUUCACAGAUCGUCGCUAUAUCUCCUGGUUGACGGUGGUGGCAGCGGCAUACAACUACAACGUGUGGUUCUGCUCUGCGCGCUUGGCGUUCCCUUACCACGAUCAGACUACCAACCCCUUCUGGAUAUUUUUUGACGUUCUCAGCGACUUAGUGAACGUGAUUGACAUCAUCAUUUGGCAGCCCCGACUUCAGUUUGUCAAAGCCGGCGACAUCAUUAAAGACAGAGCUAUGACGAAGGAACACUAUCGGAAAUCGCAACGAUUUAAGACGGAUUUAAUCAGCAUCCUCCCCUUCGACAUUCUCUGCCUGCACUUUGAAUUCUCCACCAUCUACCGACUCAACCGCUUCAUCAGGAUCGAGUCCUUUUUUGAGUUCAGCGAUCGACUCGAGAGCAUCAUGGCCAAGGCUUACAUCUGGAGAGUGGCUCGCACCACCGGCUACCUGCUCUAUAUGCUCCAUCUCAACGCCUGCGCGUUCUACUUUGCCUCGGUGCACCAGGGUCUGGCGACGACUUCGUGGGUGUAUGACGGAAGUGGCACGGCGUACCUGCGUUGUUACUACUUUGCUGUCCGCAGUCUGAUCAACAUCGGGGGUCUUCCAGAGCCUGUAACCACCUUUGAGAUUACCUUUCAGAUGACCAACUUUUUUGUUGGUGUCUUUGUGUUCUCCAGUUUGAUCGGACAGAUGAGAGACGUCAUCGGAGCAGCAACGGCAGGUAAGACAUAUUUUCGGGCCUCGAUGGACGGCUGUGUUGCCUACAUGAACACGUACACCAUCCCCAAGCUGGUCCAGAACAGAGUCCGGACCUGGUACAACUACACGUGGGCCGCUCAGGGCAUGCUGGACGAGACGGAGCUGCUGGACAAGAUGCCUCUGGUGAUGAAGACCGCCAUCGCUGUGGACGUCAACCUGGCCACUUUUCAGAAGAUCGCGCUGUUUCAGGGCUGUGACCAGCAGAUGCUGGUGGACAUGUUGCUGAGGCUCAAGUCAAUCAUCUAUCUACCCGGAGACUAUGUCGUGAAGAAAGGUGACAUCGGUAAAGAGAUGUACAUCAUCAAAAGUGGAGCGGUGCAGGUGGUGGGAGGCCCCGACAACAGCAUUGUGUUCGUCACGCUGAAGGCCGGCUGCGUGUUUGGGGAAAUCAGUUUACUACAGUCUGCUAAGGAUGGAGGAAACAGGCGCACCGCUAACGUCAAAGCCCACGGCUUCGCCAACCUCUUUGUCCUGGAGAAGAAGGACCUGUUUGACAUCCUGGUCCACUACCCAGAGUCCCAGAAAGUGCUGGCCAGGAAGGGAAGGAAACUGAUCAAAGCCAAAGGCCCCGCAGCUGCUAAAACCAAUGAGGAGAGGCAGAAAGGUCUGACUCUGUUUGGACAAAAACCGCCGACGCCCAAGUUACUCAAAGCCAUCGCAAAUCUACGCAAACUCAAGAAAAAUGCAGAAGAGACGAAAUGA